AUGGGGAUUUCGGCCAAAGAUCAGAAGCUUGCUUGGAGGCUUAAUCUUAGCAAAGAUGAAGGAUUUAAAGUGCUGUUCUUUGGAAUCUCAGCAUUUUGGGAGCUGCUUUGUGUUCUUCUCUAUGCAUUUGUCUUUCCCAAGCUGCCCAUUGUCAAGUACUAUCGAUCCAAGGCAGCUUCAGAAGGAUCACAAACAGUUGCAGCUGACCUAGCUGCUGCUGGCGUCAGAAAGCAAAACACAGAAGUUGAAGAAGAUCCAAAACAUCUAGACCGUUUAAGCAAUAAGCAACUAAUAUUACAGAACAUAGACUACGCACUUGAUUUGUAUCUGAUAUAUGUUCUGACAUUGUCAAUAUUUCCUGGAUUCUUGUCGGAAGAUACUGGAUCACAUGGCUCGGGCACAUGGUAUGUUCUCGUCUUGAUUGCUAUGUACAACAUAUGGGACCUUGUUGGGAGAUACACACCUCUAAUAAAAUGCAUACAUAUAACUUCACGCAAGGGGCUCAUGGUAGCAAUCCUUUCUCGUUUCUUAUUCAUUCCAGCAUUUUAUUUCACGGCUAAGUAUGGAGACCAAGGUUAUAUGAUUAUGUUGACGUCAUUGUUGGGGAUAACUAAUGGUCAUCUUACAGUUUGCGUUAUGACAGAAGCACCCAAAGGCUAUAAGGGACCUGAGCAGAAUGCUUUGGGGAACUUGCUCGUCUUGUUUCUUAUCGCGGGGUUAUUCUCAGGAGUAACACUUGACUGGCUGUGGCUCAUAGGCAAAGGCUGGUGAUCUUGCAGUGGUUUGAACUUCUAAUGGUCAUCAUAUAAAUAAGCGUUUUUCAUGUGGUUUAGUGAUAAGGUAGGUGUAUUUUUUUCCCAUUAAAGUUGAAAUGUGGAGAGUUUAUUUGACU